GUCAAUUUUCAUUAGUUUCAUAUUUUUCCAACAAAAAAUUCAACACAAAACACAAAAAUAAACAAAAGUUGCCAUGAAACAAAAGAAUAACUGCAGCAAGCGCAACAGCGGCAGCUGCAACAAUAACAACAACAACAAUAAUAACAACAACAGCAAGACGAUCAGCAGCUGGAGCACGGAGGAUCUGUGCGCCUUCUGCCUGGAUCACAUACAUGAUCCUGUGCAGCUGCCAUGUUGCAUGCAUCAAUUUUGCCGCAGCUGCCUUCGGCUGUAUCGAGAGGCACGCAGCUGGCAGGCCAAACGUUGUCCGCUCUGUCGGCGCAGUCUCGAGGCGUUCCAGACGCUGGACCCGAACGAAGCGCACUUGAAGGGCCUGCUGCUCAGCUGGCGUCUUACAUUCGUGCUGUUGCUGGGAUUAAUGCUGUUCAGUUUGGGGCCAUUCUUUUUGCUGCUGAUCUACUGGUAAAUGCCGCACAGCGGGCGCAGCAUGCAAGUCCGACAUCCAGCUCUGUUUCACACACAGGCACACACAUACACACGCUUACAUUAACGGCAACUAUAUACAUAUAUAUAUAUGUGUGUAUAUCUCGUUAUUUAUAUAUGUAUUUAUGUUUAUAUGUGUAGUCAGUGGCAUGAAAAAAGUCCGGUCGUAUCUCAAACCCUUUGUUCGGUUGAGUCCAAUAAACCCGUAUAUUAACUAGUUGCAUUUCGCA